ACAAAACCACAAAUGAUAUGAUGAUCGAUGAGCAAAUGGGAAUUGUUUUGUACAGUUUAUUUUCGUACCCUGAUGGCCGUACCCCCGAUGGUCGUUAUGUAGUGCAACUUUUUUGCGGCGCAAGGUCCCAGAACUUGGUGACUCCUAUGCAUACGCUGCGCGACAAUUCUAUUGGCUCGAGCGCCGUCUGAUUGCGGAUCCUAGUCUAAGGGAAAAAUACGUGAGCUUUAUGAGGGAAUAUGCGGAGCUUGGUCAUAUGGAGCGAGUGGAGCCACCACACAAUCAUAGCGGUUGCUACUACAUCUCAAAUCAUGCGGUCGCUGUGAAGUUUCGAGUGGUGUUUAAUGCUUCGGCGCCGACUACUACGGGCGUGUCCCUCAACGACAUCCAGCUGGUGGGCCCAACGCUUCAAGACCCGCUGAUCAACAUACUUUUCCGCUUUCGGCGUUAUCGAGUGGCGGUAACUGCGGACAUUGAAAAGAUGUUCCGGCAGGUCCUGGUUGCAACAGCGCAUCGAGAUUACCAGCGAAUAAUAUGGCGCGAAUCCCCCUCGGACGAGCUUGCAGUAUACCGGCUGAAAACCGUCACUUAUGGCAUGGCUUGUAGUCCAUAAAACGCAGUACCUGCAUUACAACAAUGCGCGAAUGACAAUUACCACGCAGUUCCUGAUGAGCACCAAGCGACUGAAGCCCGAGAAGCAAUUUUGAAUGCAUUCUACGUCGAUAGCUUCUUGACAAGCUGCGAGGACGCUACCAAGGCCGUUGAGCUGGCCAAGUAGAGGCAGUUCUGGCUGCUGGGCAGUUUAAACUUCGGAAAUGGAACUCAAAUGACAUUCAGGUAUUGUUGUGUUUAUCCAGUAAUCCGUCUCUCCCUAGGUAUGCAUUCAAUACGUCUGUGGCCCCGGUAUUGGGUUUGAGAUGGGACCCCGUGGCUGACCAGCUGUUCUUUCAAGUCAGGCUCCUACGAAGCGACGCGUGCUCAGUGAAGUGGCUCGGUUGUUUGAUCCCACAGGGGUGUUAUCCCCAGUUGUCAUAACAGGGAAGAUUUUUAUCCAAAAGAUGUGGGCUGCCGGUCUGUCAUGGGACUCGCCGUUACCUGAGGAUCUUCGUGAUGAAUGGCUCAAUUACCGCUCCAAGCUGGGAGUCCUUACUAAAAUCCGCAUUGGCCGAUGGUUGGGUAUGGUGCCACAUGCUCCGACAACAUUGCAUGGCUUUUGCGAUGCCAGUUCACAUGCUUACGCGGCCGUUAUUUACACGGGCACAGCCGACGCUGAUGGCACUGUGCGUUUCUCACUCCUUACCGCGCGAACCAAGGUGGCUCCACUGAAUGGCGCUACAAUACCACGCCUUGGGCUUUCGGCAGCGCUGUUGUUGGCCGAGACUCUUCGAAAUGUACGUGAAGCCUUGAGUUUGGUUGAAGCCCCAUACUUCUUAUUGUCGGACUCUGCGAUCGUUUUAUGCUGGUUGAAGAAGCAACAUACCACAUUGAAACCAUUUGUCUCGAAUCGGGUCCGAAGGAUCCAGGAGUUGACUUCCGCAUCACGUCCGCUCAGCAAUGAACCCUGCCGAUUGUGCUAGCCGAGGCAUAUCACCCGAGGAGCUGAUGAGCCACCCGCUUUGGUGGCAUGGACCUGAUGGUACAGACGCGUACCCAGGUAGCCAAGAGAUCCCCCUCAGCCACAACGAAUCUAAGGCGCUCAGUUCAGAGGCGCGAAUCGUUUCGAGCUUUACCAGCGCACUUUUUCACCAGCCACUGGAGACUCGGAGACCAGAUGGGCAGGUCAUGUUAUUAGCAGAACGCUUUAGCUCGAUUCAGCGAUUACUGCGCACAGUAGCUAUUAUUCUACGUUGGUUGCAGAGACGCCGACAUUUCCGUCAAGCGGUCAUAGGAGCUCGGGAAAUGGACGACGCCUUGGAAGUACUGAUCCGUCUUGACCAACAGACGCACUUCAUGGUCGAGAUUAAGCAGCUGGAAGCCGGUUCAGGUUUGUCAUCUUCACGCGAUUGCUCUCACUAAGUCCAUUCCUAGAUAAGAACCACAUCCUGCGCGUCGGAGGGCGGAUCGAAAACGCAGAGUUGGGACAUGACCAGCAAUUUCCAUUGAUUCUUCCGAAGUCUACCCCGCUCGUUAAGCUUUUAAUAAAACAAGCCCACGAGACUACGCUCCCUGGAGGGGCGCAGCUAAUGCUACAUACCCUUCGCCGCAAGUUUUGGAUUCUGCAUGCGAGGCAAGCCGUCAAAAGUUUUGUUCAUAAAUGCGUAGUGUGUCGUCGUCAUCGAGGACUGAGGUUCAAGCAGCAAAUGGCUCCAUUACCCGGGCAGAGAGUCAAGCCUGCACGACCAUUUGUUUCGUC